CAGCUAUUAGAGAAAUAUUAAAUAAUAUGAUUGAUUCUUCAAUAAUGGCUUUGCAAGACCCUCAAGUAGUUUACACUAAAGGACAUUCUUCUGAUGCUUUAAAUUAUCAAUCAACCAAUACUACAAGAAGAGAUCCUUCUGAAUUUGAAUUUGAAUAG